AUGACCCCCGUGGUUGUUGGCUCUUUUGCGGCUGCAGACUAUGUGGUGUUUGCCUGCAUGCUGGCUCUGUCCGCUGCCAUCGGAGUCUAUUACGCGUGGACGGACAGGGGACUGAGCAGCUCAGAGAACUUCUUGACAGGAGGACGGAGGCUCACAGCUCUUCCCGUCUCCCUGUCACUGACUGCCAGCUUCAUAUCAGCCAUCACGGUGCUCUCCAAUCCAGCAGAGGUGUACCGCUACGGAGGCAGUAUUGCAUUUUAUGGUCUGUCACAUUUAAUAACUAUGAUAGUGACAUCUGAGGUGUUCCUCCCAGUCUUCUACAAGCUGGCCAUCACCAGCACUUACGAAUAUCUGGAACUACGUUUUAACAGAGCGACCCGCCUGCUGGGAACGCUUCUCUUCAUCGUGCAGACUAUUCUGUACACUGGAAUAGUCAUCUACACCCCAGCCCUUGCUCUAAACCAAGUAACUGGUAUGGAUCUUUGGAGUGCGGUGAUUUCCACUGGUGUUGUCUGCACCUUUUACUGUUCAAUGGGCGGUCUAAAAGCGGUCGUGUGGACAGAUGUGUUCCAGGUUGGGGUCAUGCUUGCAGGCUUCCUGUCAGUCAUCAUCAGGUCUGUCAUCCUGCAAGGUGGAGUUGGCCCCAUCCUGUCAGACGCUCAACAAGGAGGGAGGCUCAACUUUUGGGACUUUGACCCAAACCCACUGAGAAGACACACUUUCUGGACGGUGACCAUUGGCGGUACGUUUGUCUGGGUCAGCAUCUACGGUAUAAACCAGGCUCAGGUUCAGCGAUAUAUCUCCUGCAAGAGCAUCACUCAUGCCAGACGAUCAUUGUUCAUCAACCUGAUAGGCCUGUGGUGCGUCUUACUGUCGUCAGUAUUUGCAGGAAUGUGCCUCUAUUCAGUGUACAAGAACUGUGACCCAUGGACGUCCGGGAUGGUGUCUGCCCCAGACCAGUUGAUGCCAUACUUGGUGAUGGACAUCUUGGGAGACUAUCCUGGACUUCCGGGACUGUUUGUUUCAGCAGCUUACAGCGGAUCGCUAAGCACAGUGUCUUCCAGCAUCAAUGCAUUGGCUGCAGUGACUGUCGAGGACCUGAUUAAACCACACAUGCAGAUGUCGGAGAGGCAGCUGUCUCGGACCUCAAAAGUCCUGAGCUUUUUAUAUGGUGUUUUAUGCAUUGGAAUGGCAGCACUGGCUUCACUCAUUGUGGGAAUAUUGCAGGCCACCGUCAGCAUAUUUGGCAUCAUUGGAGGUCCGUUGCUUGGACUCUUCUCUCUAGGUAUCCUCUUUCCGUUUGCCAACUGCAAAGGAGCUUUGUCAGGUCUGGUGGCAGGCCUUGUUGUGUCUCUGUGGGUGGGCAUCGGUGCGCAGAUAUACCCUCCAUCUCCUGAGAUGAGCCGACCCCUGUCGCUCACUACCGAGGGCUGUAACAUCAGCACCCCGGACAGCUUCAACUUGACCUCCACUGCUCUGCCGACAAACACCAGCCCCAUUGCUGCCUCUCCUGUGCAGCUCUGUGAUGACAGGAAUCUGCUGGCGGAUAGCUGGUACUCUCUGUCCUACCUUUACUUCAGCACCAUCGGAACCUUAACAACCAUCAUUUUGGGCCUUCUAGUCAGCCUUUUCACAGGAGGUUGGAAGCACCAAAUCGAAUCAAGGCUGACCUUCAUGAAAAGAGACACCACUCUUUUUUCUAUAUUGAAGCACGUGUCACGAAGUGGCAAUCUUGACCUGACACAAGACGAAGAGAAGAACCUCGGCAACAUAAAUCCCACAUUCUGUGACACCGAGCUGGACUUAACGAAAUGCAACACGCCUGCAUGAGACGUUUUAUGAUCUGUGACACUGCUGCUAUCUUAGAUAAUUUUGAAGGGUUAUAAACCAUUGCACAACUGCAUUACAUGACACUUUCUUUACAAGCUUGUUCAUUUAUAGUUUGAUAUUGAGGACAAAGUUGCAGCUGUUGAAUUAAUCAGCCAAUUACCACCAUAACACACUGUUUACACCUGUUUAAUUAACACGCGUUGUUUUAAUUUUUCUUGUACAAUUUUAAAUAUAAGACUGUACUUACAAAUAUACAGGCUAAACGUACAAACAUUUACAUUCAUUAGUCACAAACCCUGUUCACACAAAAUUCCCAUGUACAUUACAUAACAUGACAUGACCUCUGUGGCAAAUCAAAAUCCUCACAGAUAAUGUAUGGCUGGAUGGCUGUUUUGUUCGUACUAAUAAAUUACAAUGUACAAUUAAAACACUGUUGAAUGAUCAUAUAUAAACGUGAAAUGUGAAUAAUUAUGGUAAAGUUGUGUGUUAAUUACUUUUCCGGUUCAUAGUACCUCUUCUUCAUGGCUCUGUAUUUCUUGAGAAAAUAGAGAGCCUCCAGCUCCUUGAUAACAAACUCCCCACGUCCCACAAGUUUUCUGAUCUGUUC